CGAAGACAGAGCGCCGCUACCAGACGCUGUUCUUUCCGGAGCAAACAGCUCACCGCAACCAUGGGUAAGCCUCGUGGAAUCCGUACUGCCCGUAAGCAUGUGAACCACCGCCGUGAACAAAGAUGGCACGAUAAGGACUACAAGAAAGCCCAUUUGGGAACUCGCUGGAAGGCCAACCCCUUUGGUGGUGCCUCCCAUGCUAAGGGCAUUGUCCUUGAGAAAAUCGGCAUUGAGGCCAAACAGCCUAACUCUGCCAUCCGUAAGUGCGUUCGAGUCCAGCUUAUCAAGAAUGGCAAGAAGAUCUCUGCUUUUGUCCCCCGGGAUGGUUGCUUGAACUUUAUUGAAGAGAACGAUGAAGUGUUAGUGUCAGGAUUUGGUCGUAAGGGCCAUGCCGUCGGUGAUAUUCCCGGUAUCCGUUUCAAGGUAGUGAAGGUCGCCAACGUUUCCCUGCUUGCUCUGUACAAGGAGAAAAAGGAGAGGCCUCGUUCUUAAAUUAGCCGUUCUCAAAUUAAAGGAAAAAAAUCUAAA